AGUCGUAUCGAUUUUCUGCGCGGCGCUAUCGAUACUCUCAAACCUGUUCGAUGAUUUUUGGCGUAUUUACGCACUGGUGAACUGACGACAAGUGAAUUUGACAAUGAACGCCAACAGGAAAAGAAAGUAUGUGCGUUCUAAAUCCCGCUCAAUCUCUCCCUAUCGAAACCAUAGCAGCUCUCGGAAACAUUGCAAAUCUUACAGUCGGUCACCACUCAGAAGCCGCUCGACGUAUUCGCUUUCUAGUUCAUGUUCGUCGUAUACUAGUGAUCCUCGAUGCAGUCGUCGCACCUCUUCAGACAAUUCAGCAAAAUUAAAACGCAAGGUUAGAUGUUUGGGUAUAUUUGGUCUAGAUAGUGACACUAAUGAAGAUAAAAUCCACGAAGCACUUGGAAAAUACGGUCGUAUUGAUACAAUCGAUAUUGUUAUUGAUUCUAUAAGUGGAAAGUCUCAAGGUUAUGGUUUUGUGUAUUUCAAACACUACGAAGAUGCAAGGAAAACUAAAGAUCUAUGCUCAGGCAUAGAAAUUGAUGGUCGACAAAUUCGACUUGAUUAUUCGUUUACCCAUAUAUAUAGACCUUAUUUGAUAUCGAGAAGAAUUAAUGGUGACCGCGGAGAACGUUGUGAUAGAUAUGACCGUAGAGAACAUUCUGAUAGACAUGACCGUAAAGAACGUUCUGAUAGAUAUGACCGUAGAGAACGUUCUGAUAGAUGUGACCGUAGAGAAGGUUCUGAUAAAUAUGACCGUAGAGAACGUUCUGACAGAUGUGAGCGUAGAAAACGUUUUGUUCAAUAUGACCGUAGAGAACAUUCUGACAGAUAUGAUCGUAGAGAACAUUCUGAUAGAUAUGACUGUAGAGGACGUCAUUAUAAAUCUUCUAAAGAAAAAUAUGAAGACUACUUACAUGAACAAUACAGAAUUUUAAAAAGAAGAGAAGCCAUGGAAGAAAGUGAAUCAAAAUCAGUGAUAUAUGAUUAUUUUGAUUAUAAGUCAAAAGGACGUUCUUUAUCACCACGUAAUUCAAUAUAACGUAUAAAUGAACUGGAUGCUGGAAUAUCGCCAAUACAAGAAUAUUUUAUGAAGAAAUUUAACAUAACAUAUAAUUUUUAUGUUGAAAAAGAUAUUUACCACUUGGUAACAAAUCAAUACAAUAAUUAAACAAUAAGUAGGUACCUACCAUUAAGUUGAUCAAUUCCAUUAUUUUAUUUUCAUAAUUUUUAUAUUGUUUUUCAUCACUAAUUAUCAUAACUGGAAACUAACUAGUUGGGUUAGUGGGUUACUUUUAAAGUUAUUUAAGUGAUUCUUAUUCAUAAUACUUUCUAAUUAAUGUAAUACUUAACAUUUUAACAAAUAAAUAUUUAACGUAAAUAAAAGUUACUUCUAAUUUAAGUUAUGAAUUGAACCAUUUUGAAUUUUUUCUAAUUUAAUUAGUAAA